AGCUUGGCGCGCGUCCUCUGGUCCGCCUCUCAGCUCACCGCAGCCUGGGCUCCUCCUUCGUCCAGCCUCCAGGGCGGGAUCUGUUGGCUCGCCCUACCCUCGCCGCCUAAGCCUGCCCUCCACCAGACGGGUCCCCUCCCCGCGGCACCACGGCUUCCCUUCAACAGCCUGGCGACGGGGGCUUCCCCUCAGCAGCUGCCGGCGCCUCAGUCUCCGCAGCCAGCCAAGCUCCGCCGCGUCCGCGGCCCGCAGCCGCCAUGCAGUUUAUGUUGCUUUUUAGUCGUCAGGGAAAGCUUCGACUGCAGAAAUGGUAUGUCCCACUGUCAGACAAAGAGAAGAAGAAAAUCACCAGAGAACUUGUGCAAACCGUUUUAGCACGGAAACCCAAGAUGUGCAGCUUCCUUGAGUGGAGAGAUCUGAAGAUUGUUUAUAAAAGAUAUGCCAGUCUAUAUUUUUGCUGUGCUAUUGAGGAUCAGGACAAUGAACUGAUUACCCUGGAAAUAAUCCAUCGUUAUGUGGAAUUACUUGACAAGUAUUUUGGCAGUGUGUGUGAACUUGAUAUCAUCUUUAAUUUUGAGAAGGCCUAUUUUAUUUUGGAUGAAUUUCUUUUGGGAGGAGAAGUUCAGGAAACAUCAAAGAAAAAUGUCCUUAAAGCAAUUGAGCAGGCUGAUCUCCUGCAGGAGAAAACAGAGAAUAUGUAUCACAGCAAGAGUUUCAUUGGGUAUAAGAAAGCAUACUAGAAUACGUGCUGGAGUACAGACAUGCAUCAAAAUGUAGUAGGAUAUAUGAAUUCAGUUUUAAUUAUUAAUUUGUCAAGUUUAUUAUUUGUUUUUUGGCAUUAUUUGGAAAAUUAAUUGCAAUACUAAUGGAAAUCCCUAUUAUUUCAUUAAAUUGAUGGCUUUUAGGAAAUUUUUCCCUAUAAUUCAUAAUUGGGAUUAUAAUUUACCUUUUAUACAGAAUAUUGAAAUUGGGUGAGAGUCAUUGACAAAGUAUUUUUAAAUAUAGUAAAUUAUUAGUAAUGUUAGUACAGAUGAGGACUUUCCCUGUGAGAGUGAAAGCUUCUGUAAAAUGAAGCAUUGGGCAUUUAUUACUAAUAUUACUUUACUUUCUUGUUUUAUCAUUGCACUAUUCUAAAUGGGAAAGGGGCAGCUUUUGUAGCCUAAUAUUUUACAGUUCUAACUUUAGAAUUCAUCUGGGAUGCUGUAAGGUCCAUUUAAGACCCCACCUUGGGUUAUUUUUGUCACUUUGAUGUGAGAACAUCUAGCAUCUUAUUAGAAUUAUUUAUAGGGAGACAUUUAAAAAUUAUAGGGAGUGCCUUAGAAUCAUUUUGAGGACUUUCAAAAAAUUAAUCUGUAGCCUCAAAGUCAAUUUUUUUUAGCUAAGUCAACAAUCAAAAGCUUUCAUAGGUACUUAAGAAUACCAUCUGGUAAAUAGUUUUAAGUUAUUGGGAAGCUUUUUCUCUGGGAUCUCUUCUUAGUGUACUAGGACCCUAGUAAAUGGAACAUACUGGUGAAAAGGGAGUAUUCUAACUGAGCUUGCCACUAAAUUAGCAUUGAAUUUAAACUGGCAAUCUUUUCAGAUUAGUAAUAAGUACAGUGGUUUAGGAGUCUGUAGAAUGUAGGUCAUCUUGUUUACUGUUACAUCCCAUGAACUUGAAAAAGAUAAAUCUGAACUGGGCAUUAAGAACAUAAAUGUUCAGCCACAAACCAAAGAACAAAAGCAAAUCUGAUGCUUUAGGUAAUUUUACUGUGAACUAAGCAUUCUGAUUGUGUUUCCAUCAGCUUGUAUACUGUGUGUAAGAAUAUAUGCAUUUCUUUUGUAGCCACGCCAUGAAUAUUUUAAUGUCCCUGUGUACUAAUGACUGCUCAUCGACUAUGCAGAAUUUCACAGAGGAAAUAGAGAACUGAUAUACUUAUGAAAGAAAAUGUCCUCAGCUUGGUGACUAAUUCUCCUGUAAAAUAAUAUAUAGCAUCUUAGAACUAGUACCUUUAUGAUUGUAUUUUUUUCUGUGCCUAUUCUUAAUUCUAUUUAUUUUGUAUAUGAUAUUGACAUAGUUUUUUCUGUCUACUACUGAUUUCUUCUUGACAAAAUAUGACUUGUGAAUGUUUUGAUUAAUAUUCUGAACACAUACAAGUUAUCAUUAGUAAAUAAUCUGUGAUUAAUCUUAUGAGAGUAUAAGUGAAAGACCGGGGACAAUCACAAAUGUUUACCAAAGAAAACAGUUAGGAGCUCAGGCAAAAUUAGGCAUACCACAAUAUUUAAUGUAGUUUGAUCUUCCACUGUUGAAGAAAGCCAAGCUUUAUUUAGUGCUAAGAUUAUCUUACAGUCUGUAUGAGCUAAUAUGUUGGACUGUAUCACAUAAAAGUGUAUGUUGGAACAGUAUAAGAAAAAUCAAUUGUAUAAUUCUCUAAGAUCUAAGGUUAAAACAUUUCAAUUUUUAAGAAAUUUUGUAUUGCCAAUAUUUAUUAAGCCACAUUUGUGCAGUGUCAAAAGUCCCUUUAUGAACUGUCAGAAAACUAUGUCACAAAGUCUCCUGUAUUGUUGCUCAGUAACAGCCCUUGAGUCAGUAAUACUGAGCCUACCCAUGUGAUACAAAAAUUCAGAUAAUCAUUUUUAAUAUCCAAACAUUUAUAGUUUAUUAAUUAAUGGCUUCCUAAUUAAUAUAUUAAGCCUUCUUCUAAACAUUCAGUGAUGUGUUAACUAUGCUUGUAUAUUUUGGAAUACUAAAAACUUUUAAUAUUAAUUUUAUAUAAAUAUGGUUUUAAUAAGCAGCAAAUUGAGACUUUAAAACCUAAGUAAAUUUUUACUAAACAAUAACUUAGGAGGCAUGGUAGUGCAUGCCUGUCAUCCUAGUACUUGGGAGGCUGAGGCAAAAGGAAGAUGAGGUACUAUAGUACCUAGGGCAUCCCUGUCUCAAAAGACAAAAAAGCUAAGUAUGCCAAAAAACUCUAGUAACUUCAGAAGGUACCCUUACCAGUUUCCCACUGAAAGAAGAUCUAGGAAAUGUUUUAGGAAAUGCAGUGUUAGGCAGCUGUACAGCUCAGCGCUCUCCAUUGCCAUCUGCAACAUCACAAAGCAUUGGUCUUUCAUUUCCAUUUUUCCCAUCCUCCCACACUACAUGUUGUUCAUCUGAUUUUAAUGUUGCAUAAAUAUGCAUUGUCUCAUGCCUGUUUGUUUUGGUUGCUGUGUGCUGAGCUGUAAGAAAAUGUUGUGCUUUUGUGGGGGGAUUAUCUGUAUACAGCUGCUUGCUUUAAAUUAGCAGAUUCUGAAAUAGCUUUUUCUUGCAUGUCUAAAAUAAAGUAUUGCAUGUA